GGUUUGAACGACGCGUUUAGAAUCAGACUGACAGUAUACCGUACGUAGCUAACAGCGUCCACACCGGCGAGCAUGAUGAUACAUACCACUGAACUUAAUAUCCCGCGCAAUAUCUCGAAUCAUGGACUCACUGGCCAAGCAUCUGACCCCGGCCCUGGUACCCACUGUUACUCAGGUACUGCUUCAACAUCAACUCGAAACAGUUCACAAAGCGAGGACGACAUUGUAAUGGAACAUAGUAACCAUCGUAUUGUGGCUGAAGAAAUGGAUCAGAUUGGAGAGUCUUCGAUAUUUAGCCAAUUUCAGCCUGUGGUCAUUCGUCAGCGUCUUCAACUCGCAAAGGCAAUCUUGGAUGCAGUUGAGGCGGAUUACUUUCGUGCAUGUGCCACGUAUCGAGAGGCGCUGUCCUUCGUCGACGUUGUCCAGACGGAGAUCAGAGCAUUGCGAAAUGAGCUGCAGGGGGCUCAGGAACAGUACGACCGGGAAGUCAAGAACCUGUAUCAACCAGGACUAUUGACUCAGAACGAAGAGGUUUUGGCCGAUAUAUGCUCGUUUGUAGCUGAAGAUUACUGAGUGAUCCUUGGUUUAGCUCAGAUUCUUUGACUACUUAUGUUUGUACGUGCCACAAAUAUUACCCUAUAUCUGAAAGGUGGUACUCACUGCCUG